AGAAUUUCCUAUUUAUAUCCUCUUCACUUAAAAUUUUACGUUCUUACGCUACAUUUGAAUUCAAUCUCUUCAGUGACAUCACCAGAGUGGCUUGGUCCCUGGACCUGUCAGACUUGCAGCCAUGCAGCCUGCUCCUCGGAGUGGACCUCCAGGAGCCUCUGGCCCCCCUCCCUCGGGAGGAGUGCCCAAUGCUUUCCGCAGGUCAAGGCCCCUCAAGCAUACGGCAACAGCAGCUACCGCCAUGAUGGGGCCACCCCCUGCCCAACCCAUGACAGACCCUUUUGCUUUUGGAAGACAAGUCCCUCCACCUUUGGCAGCGGGCGGUCCCUCAGCACCGUCUAAUAGCAACCCUCCCUCCAUGCAAACUACAGCAAACACCAUGUACUCGCAGGCUGGUCCAGGGCUGCCUCCACAACUACAACCACUGGAGGGUUCACAAGCUGCUCCACCAGGUCUGCCACCAUCCUCUACACCUGGAGUAAGCCUUUUCACACCUCAGAGUGCAGCGUCCCUUGCUCCUUUCCCAGGACAGCUGCCAGGAUAUGCAUCCUCUAAUACAGAACAGGGCUAUUUCAAUUCAAGAGAACCAGCACCAUCCAUUACCCUAGGGCCCCCUCCCAUGGCCUCAGCCCCCAUGCUUGGUCCAAUACAUUUCAGUCAGAAUCCACAAGGAGAGCCUCCUCAGGCCAUGGCCUUCCAGCCAGUGCCUCCCACCUCCUCCUCUUCCCAGUGGCCUCCUGAUCAUGGCAGUCGCCCCCCAUCAGUUCAGAAUUAUUUCCAGCCUACUAGUGACCCUCCACCACAGCAUUUUAACAUCCUUCCUCAGCCCCAGACAUACCCUCCCCACACACCCUCACCCCAUCACCACACACCAACACCUCCAACCCAUCCUGGCAAUCUCAGCACCCAAGGACCUGUUCCUGAUCAGAAUCCUGAGAAGGCCCAAGGUGCUCAGUGGCCUGAUCAGAAUGCAUCACAGCAUAAUUCCCACUUCCAGGCUCAUACCUACUUUAGUCAAAGCUCAGGCCCCCAAGACUCCUGGUUCAGCCAUCCCCCACAUGACUCAGGCUACCACCAAAUGGGAACUGGCCUCAGCACCAGUCCAGCCCAAGCCCGGCCUGAUUCAGCCGGCUCUCACCAUGUAAGCACCACUGGUCCUAUGCCUGGCCCUGCCCCAUCCUCACAGGAGUCCGGCACUCUGUCGAUGUUCUUCAAAGGCAAUGAUGUAGAGAAUGAGGAAACACUGGCUGGAGAGGGAAUGAAGGCUGUGAAUGGUAUUCAGGAAUCCUUCCAGCCUCUUAACCACCCACAAACACCUCCACAAGCUCUUGGUGCCCACACAGAGGCCCCUUGUGAAUACCAGGGUGCUCCCCCACAUGGCAAUCCAAACAUAUCUUACAUGAACGAUGCUUCAAAAGGAAACAACCAGAAACCUUUGGAUUCCCAGUUUGACCAUGUGGAGAACUUUGAGUAUGUUCCCAACCAGGAAGUGUUACCCAGUGAGCCCCAUAGCAGCACUGUUGCAGCUGCUGCUCAUGGAGGAGAUCAAUAUGAGGCAGGUCCUAACUUGGAAACCCCAGAUUCUAUUCCAAGACCAAUGAGAUCUUCUAGUGUGUCAUCCAGCUAUAGUAACGUCAGCCAUGGUAGCGGAACAGGCUCUCGCCGUCACCAGGGAGUCAUGGGCACCUUCAUCCAGCAGGAGAGCCCUCGUCUCUUAGAUGAUCCUAACGUGUCUACUACUGCUGGGGGCUACUUUGAGCAGAUUGACACCUCCCCAGCUGGGGAAAUGGGUGCCCACUAUAGCUCUCAGGAACAGAUGUAUCACAGUCAGCCCCCCACACCGAGCCUGCCCAAACCAAUUGGUAUCUUCCAGGCCAGUGCUAACAGCUCUUUUGAACCUGUACGCUCUCAUGCAGUUGGGGUGCGUCCUGCUGAAGUUGACAGAGCUAAAAUGGUUGCAGAGGGCGUUGCAGAUUCUGUACCUGGCAACCUGGAGCAGCCCCCAGAUAAUCUAGAAAAUAUUUAUGGCCAAGGCCAACCACUAUCUGCCAGUCCUGUUGCUGGAGGUGGAGUACCUCACCUAACACACCCUGUGGCUCAUUCCCACUCUCGGCCUUCGUCUCGUGCAUAUGGAGCCAACCGACCAUGCGAGAGUCCUGCCACUACUCUUUGGGCUCAACAUGACCCCUCUAGCUUGGGAACUAACAUCCUCCUAGCCCCUGCUGCUCCCCCAGUUCUCGCUCCUUUACGAGAGCCAAGUGCUGAUGUCAUCCAACCCCCAGAAGACAGCCCUCUGGACCUCCAGCCCUCCCAGAAAGUCCAACCAAACUCCCAGCACCAUACAGAGAACCUAGAAAACCCACCAAAGGUGAGUGAGGGGGAAAUUUCAGACUCUCAAGGCAAGCUGGGCUAUGCAUCUCUGCUGGUGUCUGACUCACCUCACCAACCUGUUUUGAUUGCUCCACCUGUGUCUAAUUACAGUGUGAUUCCCCCUUGCAAUCUUAAUCAAGCAACUAGUCAGAGUAGCCUUAGGGAGACUACCCCUCCUGUGAGACCACCUUCACAGGGGCAGGGCACUAGUAUAGCUCAGCCGCUUCCCAUAACAUCUAAUCAAAACCCAUUAUUUACCCCUGGACCAAUGAUCCUCACUCCUGUUGCUAAUCAGUGCCCACUCAAUCUGUCCCGAGACAACACGGAUGAAGUAAACCCGGAGAAUGCAACUCUGCCGCUGUCUGAGCCAGCCCGCCCCCCUCUGUCAAGGGGCCAGUCACUGGGUGGAGAUUGCCAUUCUGCUCUCCCUGUAAAUUCACAAGCUCCACCUGUGGCCCCUCUUUCAUCUAAUCAUAAUCAACCUUCAAAUUACGAACUGCUUGAUUUCUCUAUGCACCAAUCACAGAACCAAAACCAAGCUCCUGGCCAUCCUCCCUCUUUACAUGGGUCUCCAAUGGCUAGUAAUGCUCCUGGAUUCUACCUGCAGGUCACCAAAGAUGCUCAACAAGGAGCAAGAGUGGAAGGGGACAUGCCUGCCCAGACCCCAGCUUCUCCCUCUGCCCCACCUGUAUCUAAAUUUGCCACCUCCCCAGCAGCACCAAACACCCAGCACCCACCACCUGAGCUUCAGAAGGCAUCAGAUUCUCAUGCCACACUGCAACGACAAGAUGAUGCUCCGCCUGUUCCAGUUAGUAGACCGCCACCUCCCCCUAACCAGUAUCCACAUCCAGUGCAGGCACCAAGUGGAGGGAAUGUUUUCUCCUCUUCUGCUGCUGCUUAUCCUCCUGGUCAUCGGAUACCAGUCCUUCCAGCAGGGUCCCAGCCAGCCCCUUCAGAGCCCCCACGACCACCCUCUUCUUUGGGCAGCCAGCAGGGGUAUGGCCCUACUGUGAAAGCACCAGGACAGAUGUAUGGAGGCUACUAUGGCGGCACCUAUGGAGAAUACCCAGAGAGGUUCCCACCCAGAGCGCCUUACUCUUCUGGCCAGUACCCACCUCCACCUGAAGAUCCCAGAGCAUUGCAGUAUUAUCAUGAUGAUCCAUAUAAGAGAACAGAUCCUUGGUAUGGCAGACAUGAAGGAUCUAAUCCAGUUUAUCGAGAUCCAAACUACCAGUACAGAGAGCCUCAGUCUGAUCGACCCAGCUCAAGGGCCAGUCACUACUCGGAUGGUCCCUCCUCCAGACAAAGCUAUCCCGACGAUUAUCCAAGAGCAAACCUAAGUGCCUAUGAUGAAUAUUAUACAAAUUACUACAACAAACAGUACGAUUAUAGAGGCUACAAUGCUGGACCAUUUGACCCUCGCUACAGAGGGUACUAUGACCAGGCCUGGUGUAACUAUAACUAUGACGGCGCUUACACAGGCAGAGACAACUGCUACAGCCAGCAGUCAUAUCCUGCUAGAAGAGAUGGUUAUGAUGACCAGUGGAGGUACUACCCUGGUUAUGAUGCUAGCUUUGAUGAUGAUUACCGUGGGCAUGGUGAACCCUAUGGUGAUGAGUUUGAUCGCCGCAGUGUCAACAGUGAACAGUCGGUCCACAGUCUGCACAGCAACCACAGUCAACACAGCCAUCACAGCAGACGAAGUAGCUUCAGCUCCCAGUCACAACAGAGCCAGGUCUACAGGCGUCCACCUGAUUUGGUGUCAGGGGUGUAUAAUGCAACAUCAUCUGCCCCGGCUAUGGACUACUCCUAUAGACAAUACCGAGACCAGACUGAUGCCACACAGAACUACAGCCAGUACACCUACCCUUCUGAGUACACUGCAGAUGGUACCUGGAUUGCCCCUCAACAACCUCCUCCUCGUCCAGCUACCCCAGAGAAGUUCACCAUACCCCAUCGCUGUGCCCGCUUUGGACCUGGCGGUCACCUGGUUCAAGUUCUGCCAAAUCUGCCCUCAGCAGGACAACCUGCCUUGGUUGAUAUCUACAAUAUAGAGAUCAUGUUGCAGGAUACCCCUGAUCAAGCAGAACUGCGAGGCUUCCCUGGGCCUCUUGUCAAGGAGGAGACCCACAAGGUGGAUGUGAUCAAGUUCUCCCAAAACAAAGCCCUGGAGUGUUCCCGCAACAAUGACCUCUUAGACAGGGACUCUGCCUGUCUGCUUUGGGACUUCAUUAUGCUACUCUGUAGACAGAAUGGGACGGUGGUUGGUACAGACAUUGCCGACCUGUUACUGAAGGAGCAUCGUUCUGUUUGGUUACCGGGCAAGAGUCCUAAUGAAGCCAAUUUGAUUGACUUUAAUAACGAACCACUGGCACGAGCUGAGGAGGAGCCAGGAGCAGGACCACUGUCGCUCCUGUCCGACACGUUUAUGACUGUCCCGGAGAAUGUUGGCAAGGAGACGGAGCGCUUUAGGGAGCUGCUACUGUUUGGUCGCAAGAAGGAUGCCCUAGAGGCAGCCAUGAAGGGAGGUCUCUGGGGCCAUGCACUUCUGUUGGCCAGUAAGAUGGACAGCAGGACACAUGCGCGUGUCAUGACAAGGUUCGCCAAUAGUUUGCCCAUUAAUGAUCCUCUUCAGACAGUCUACCAGCUGAUGUCUGGGAGGAUGCCUGCCUCUGCCACCUGCUGUGGAGAGGAGAAGUGGGGCGACUGGCGCCCCCAUUUGGCCAUGGUGCUGUCUAACCUCACACACACUGUGGACCUGGAUACACGCACCAUUACCACCAUGGGCGACACUCUGGCUUCCAAGGGGCUGACUGAUGCCGCCCACUUCUGUUACCUGAUGGCCCAGGUCGGACUGGGAGUGUUUACGAAGAAGAGCACCAAGAUGGUUUUGGUUGGCUCUAACCACAGUUUGCCAUUCUAUCAAUUUGCAACAAAUGAAGCAAUUCAGAGGACUGAAGCCUAUGAGUAUGCCCAGUCACUGGGUUCCCAGCCCUGCUCACUGCCCAACUUCCAGGUGUUCAAGUUGAUCUAUGCAUGUCGCCUGGCUGAAGCAGGGCUGAGUGCCCAGGCCUUCCACUACUGUGAAGUCAUCUCAAGGAAUGUCCUCAUGCAGCCUUCUUAUCAUUCUCCUGUGUUCCUUAGUCAGCUUAUACAGAUGUCAGAGAAGUUGCGGUUCUUUGACCCUCAGCUAAAGGAGAAGCCUGAACAGGAGUUAUUCAACGAACCAGAGUGGCUGAUCCACCUCAGGCAGCUUGAUGGACAGAUCAGAACGGGUGUAAUAGCCUACAAUAUAGACAGAGCAACACCUGCACAGUAUGAGUGCAGCACCCCCAGCUCUGAGCUGGACCAGCCCAGUCCUGCUGAGCCUUAUGGCAUGCCUCUUGAGAUGGAUGGCUCCACCAAUGACAACCCCCUGAUGAGUUCAUUACUGCCUGGGCCACCACCACAGGGUGUACAUCUAAUGCCACCAGCUCCCAACACCAUUCUCCAGGAUGGGAUGGUCCCACCGCAACCAAUGCCCCCCUCAGAUGGGCCCCAGUUCUACCCAGUGCCCCCAAGCCAUCCUGGACCACCAGACCAGAUCCCAGUGCCGGGCUACCCUCCACCAGGUCCUGGGUUUGUCCCUACUCCUUUCCAUCCUCAGCCCCAGCCAGAGCAGCCAGACAUUUACCCAGGAGCCCUGCAGCAGCCUUGUCCCCCACCCCCUCAUUUGGGCCAAAUGUCACCUCACUUGCCCCCUCAGAUGCAGCAUCCACCUCAGAUGAUGAACCAGCCUCCACUCCAGAUGUCCCCACACAUGCCCCCUUCUCCUGGGCAUAUUCCUCCGGUAGAGCAACCACCCCAGUCCUCAAUGGAGAUGCAGCCUGCUCCUCCAAUGUGUCCCUCUCCAUCUAGGAGUACCUUCACACCAAGGAUGGAUUUUUAUGACCAAAUGGCUAACAUGGGUCCUGGAAGGACAUCAAGGACUAUGUCACAGUCAUCAGUGCAUAUGCACUCAGGUCCUCGCUCUCGCACCACGUCUGAGUCCUCCACUCAUUCUGGUGGAAGGGAGCGGAGUAACUCAGCUGCUAAGCAGUCCUCCCCUCCCCCACCUUCCAUUCCUGAGCAGCCCCACAAGGAAGAGUUCAAAAAGGCCAAGAAGGAAUCUCCGAAAAAGGGUGGAGGAGGGGGUGGCUGGCUGAACUGGCUUUAUAGGAAGGGGAAGAAUGAAGCUCACCUCCCAGAUGACAAAAAUAAAUCUAUUGUUUGGGAUGAGAAGAAGCAGAAAUGGGUUGACCUGAAUGAGCCUGAGGAGGAGAGCAAGGCUCCUCCACCACCUCCCUCUGGUUUCCCUAUGAUGGCUCCCAUGCCUGGGCCGCCUGGAGGGCCUGGCCUAUCCUCAAGUGGUGGUCCUCCUGUCAACAUGUUCUCUAGGAAAGCAGGCACAAAGAGCAGAUAUGUGGAUGUCUUGAACCCCAGUAGGGCUGCUAAGCCUGGCGGAAUGGCUCCUGCCCCAGCAGAUAUCUUUGCCCCUCUUGCACCCAUGCCAGUUAACCUGUUUGUGCCUGGUGCAGCUCCUGAUGAUCAACAGCCGAUGGAGGGCAGUGAAGGAGGACACCAGGAGCAAAAUUCACCAAACUCGAGCGCUGUACCACAGAUGUUUAACCCAACGUUGUUACCCCCUGCUCCAGAAGGUCCUCCCAUGCCUGAUGGAUCACAGUCAGGGGAGCUCUCACGUUCUAGCUCAAUGAGUUCUUUAUCACGCGAAGUGAGUCAGCAUUUAAACCAGAGUCACCCUGGCCAGGUAGCGCCACCCACUGGAGGCGUUCUCUUUUAUAAUCCUGCCCAUUUUGCACAGCAGACGAGUGCACCGUCUGGAGGUGGGGUCCAGUCUGGACGGUUGGGCGGUCAGAGACCAUACCCAGUGUUAAAAUAGACAUCCAGCAGAGUGAUCAUGAAACAGACUGAAUGGAUUUGAUGAUGUCCUGCCUGGAAAUAACUGAAGCACAUGGACAUACUGCUUUAUCUCUGAAGGACCCAGAUUUUUUUGCCCUAACCCAAGAAAACCAUAGUCGACAUCGAAACCGUCACCAUCGUCAAACAACUACACCACUCGUUCAACUUUUUCUUAAGUUUAAUGUCAUGUGAAAUAUAUUAGUUUUUACAGGUUAUGUUUUUGUUCUCGAAAGGGCUUAUUUCCACAUUCAAACUUAAGACAUUUGUACUGUGGGUGUCAACAUGGCUACAGAGGCUUUUGCAUGGAUGCAUUUAUACACAAUAUUUUCAUAUAGACCGUACUACAGUAAAUGUCAUCCCGCUUAUCUGGUUUUGGUGGCUGACAAAAACAUACAUUCAAAAUGUCUCCCAAAUUUGACCACUAGUAGCUGUGCCAGAUAAAGCAAGGACUGUCCCAAGUCUUAUUUCAGUUACACCCAAGUUGUGUCCACGACCCCGAUGUCCAUGUUCGGUUGUAUGUGUGUGUGUGUGUGUGUUCAAGGGAAGAAAAGAAUGUCACCAUUUAAUCCAUCCUGUAUACUUCCGUGCAUUUCUAGCCCUUGGGUUUUUUUUCCUCAUUAACUGGAGAUGACUUGGUGUGCAGGUGAAACGGGUGCAGUGUCUGCUGUGUAGUUUCCCUGUCCUCGGUCACCCAAAAUUCAGGAAGGAUGUUGGGGUUUCUGAGACACGGCAGAAGUUUCAGCUUCACAAAAACCAGUGGAAGUUGUUUUAUUAGAAGGAUUUUUUUUCUAGACAUGUAUUUAAAUUUCCCUUCAAUAACUCUUCACUUUCAUGAUGUGUCAGGGUCUCGACUCACAUUCUUCCCAUUUCCUGAGUUUGACAAACCAGAGAAACAAGGAUUGAUCUUCAGAACCGCAGGAUUCAGGACUAAAACACAAUUUUAAAUACUGUUGAAAAAAUCUAUCCAAAUAUUUGUAUAUCUGACUGAUUGUAUUUAUGAGCUGUAGUCAUAAGUGUGUGUGGAAAGCAACUAAUUUUUUUCCUGAUAAGCUUUGAUGAGAUGCAUUGGUUCAUGACAGAUGUCUUGGAUUCACACUCUGAUCAUUUAUAUUGGCUGCUUCUGCAGAUAAAAAGCCCUGCAUAAAAUUGUGAAAUGAGAGCUAAUUGUACUAAACUAUCAUUUCCCUGUCAUUUUCCUUUCCUAACUUGUGAUUUGUUUUUCUCCCGGAUAGAUGAAAUCAUUUGUAGUUAUAUAACACAUCACUUGAAUCUCCUUGGUUGCCGAUUUUUGUGUAGAUUACGAGAUUGAUUUUCAAAGGUCCUUCUUGUUUGAAAAAGAAAAAAAAAACCUUGAAUUUGCCACUUGUUAGAAUCCCUCAUGUAAAAUUAUAAAAAAUAAAAAAGUAAAAACAUAGUAAUAAAGAUAUUUUUGCGCUCUAGCACUUUGAAAGAUAUGUGUAUGGGUUUCAUUCAUUAUGGAAAUUUGUAAAAUGUUUGUGAGAAUAAUUAUGUGAUCAAUAUCAGAAACUGUGAUUUUACAGUACAAUGAUGGUGUAUCAUUAAAUGAAAUGAC